AAAACCCCCACAGCUCAUGCCAUGAAGGAGGAGAACUUUCUUCGUCGCAGGUUCUCCCUCUGUCCAGCCUCAUCCACCCCUCAGAAGGUCGAUCCUCGCAAGCUGACGCGCAAUCUGUUCUUCGGGGCCGACAAUGACAUCUACCCGCUCAGCCCAGGAAAAGAUGUGGAAGGAAACAGCCCGACAGCGCUGAAGGAUGAGACACCACAGACUCCAAACUCCAUCAGUAAGAUCGAAUAUAAGCUUUGCAAUGGGUCUGACAAAGAGUGUGUGUCUCCCACAGCCAAAUUCACGAAGAAGGAAACACUGAAGGUGCAAAAAAAAAAUUACAGACAGGAGAAGAAAAGAGCCACCAAACAACUCUUCAGUGCUCUAAAGGAUCCCAGCGUAGUGAUCACAGCAGACUGGCUGAAGAUUCGUGGGACUCUGAAGAGUUGGACCAAGCUGUGGUGUGUUCUGAAACCAGGAGUGCUGCUGAUUUAUAAGACGCCAAAGAUUGGACAGUGGGUUGGGACAAUCUUGCUCCAUUCUUGUGAGCUGAUCGAGAGACCCUCCAAAAAGGAUGGCUUCUGUUUUAAACUUUUUCAUCCUUUGGAUCAAUCAAUCUGGGCUGUAAAGGGCCCAAAGGGAGAAAAUGUUGGUUCGAUCACUCAGCCUCUUCCCAGCAGCUACUUGAUUUUCAGAGCAGCCUCUGAAUCGGAUG